AUGUUAAAAUCACUAAGAGUAAAAUUCAACAAAGUGAAGCCCCUGGAAGUGAGGACCAAGAAGAAACCCUGCCCUCACCUGAGUAGUCAGUCUCAACCAAGCAUAGCACAGGGAGAAAAGCAAAGUGAAAAAGAAUCUCUGAGGAGCAGAACGCCAAUCACAUUUGAAAAAUCACACAGCAAAGAAGACAACAGCACUGGGGAAAAGUCCCUCAGAGGUUUCACCACAAAUCCUGACUCUGAAUGUCCAGCAGAACUCACCAGAACAAUGACAGAGACAGAGCAAACGAGGACUACCAAAGAAAAGCCAGUCAGCUUUAAGACCAAAGUGCUUAAAACCUCAAUUAUAAAUGAAUAUACUGAUGCCCAUCUACACAACCUAGUGGAAAGGAUGCGCGAAAGGACUGCUUUCUACAAGAAAACACUGUCAGAGGGAGAGAAUUCCCCUGAAUCAGAAGCUAGCUCUCAUACUGCAAUAUCUACAGAUAUAUCAUCUAAACAAGAGAACAAUUCUAAGCUAAAAGAACAGCACCAAGACAUGUCUUGCAAACUCCAGGGAGUAGCUGUAAAAGAGUACCUAAGAAGAAUGAGACUUCCUGGAAGCAUAGAUUCCUACACAGAUCGGGUCUAUCUCCUGUGGCUCCUGCUUGUCACCAUUGCAUAUAACUGGAACUGUUGGCUGCUACCAGUGCGCCUCAUCUUUCCAUGCCAAACACCAGACAACAGGAACUACUGGAUUAUUACUGACAUCGUAUGUGAUAUCAUCUACCUUGGUGAUAUAUUAUUGAUCCAGCCAAGACUCCAAUUUGUAAGAAGAGGAGAAAUUAUUGUAGAUUCAAAGGAGCUGAAGAGGCACUACCGGAAUUCUACAAAGUUUCAGAUGGAUGUGGCAUCUCUACUGCCGUUUGAAGUUCUCUACAUCUUCUUUGGAGUUAAUCCAAUAUUCAGAACAAAUCGUAUAUUAAAGUACACUUCAUUCUUUGAGUUUAACCAUCGCCUGGAGUCUAUAAUGGACAAAGCAUAUGUCUACAGAGUCAUCCGCACAGCUGGCUACUUGCUGUUUCUCCUGCACAUUAACGCCUGUGUUUAUUACUGGGCCUCACACUAUGAAGGAAUUGGCUCAACUAAGUGGGUCUACAAUGGUGAAGGCAACAAGUAUCUGCGAUGUUUAUAUUGGGCAGUUCGAACUUUAAUUACUAUCGGGGGCCUUCCAGAGCCACAGACUUCAUUUGAAAUUGUUUUUCAACUCUUGAAUUUUUUCUCUGGAGUUUUUGUGUUCUCCUGUGUAAUUGGUCAGAUGCGUGAUGUAAUUGGGGCAGCAACAGCCAAUCGUAACAACUUCCAAGUCUGCAUGGACCAUAUCAUUGCCUACAUGAACAAAUACUCCAUUCCUCAGAGUGUGCAGUAUCGAGUUCGGACGUGGCUGGAAUAUGCAUGGAACUCACAAAGAAUCCUAGAUGAGUCCAACUUGCUUGAGAACCUCCCGACAGCAAUGCAGUUGUCUAUUGCCCUUGACAUAAACUUCAGUAUCAUCGACAAAGUGGAAUUAUUCAAGGGCUGUGACACGCAGAUGAUUUAUGACCUACUGCUAAGAUUGAAAUCCACUAUUUAUUUACCUGGUGACUUUGUCUGCAAAAAGGGAGAAAUUGGAAAAGAAAUGUACAUCAUCAAGCAUGGAGAAGUCCAAGUUCUUGGAGGACCCGAUGGUGUUCAAGUUCUGGUUACUCUGAAAGCUGGAGCAGUGUUUGGAGAAAUAAGCCUUCUGGCAAAAGGAGGAGGAAAUCGCCGGACUGCUGAUGUGGUAGCCCAUGGAUUUGCCAACCUUUUAACUCUGGACAAAAAGACUCUCCAAGAAAUUCUGCUGCAUUAUCCAACUUCUAAAAAGCUCCUCAUGAAGAAAGCCAAAGUUCUUUUAAGCCAGAAGGGAAAGACCACACAGGCAAUCUCUCCAAGAACAAGACCUGCCUUUCUUUUCCCACCAAAAGAAGAGACACCCCGAAUGCUUAAAGUUCUCCUAGGAAACACAGGAAAGGUGGACCUUGGAAGACUCCUUAAAAGAAAGAGAAAACAAACCACUCAGUCCAAAUGCAGAAUCAGUUCUAUUACAGUGGAGGAAAUGCCCCAGUCAAUUAAAAAGGCAGUUUUUCCCAAGGGACAUGCCUAUCAAUUGUUUAGUAGCAACAUGGCUCCUGCUACUGAGACUGGAGAAGGGAUUCUGACUAUCAAAGUCAAGGAAAAGCAAUAA